CCAUAAAUAUAAAUGUUUUUUUUUACUGCCUUGCAGGUGCUAAGAACUUAUGGGUCACCUCUUCUUCUGCACACCACACCUUUCUGUAGGGAGACUGAAUCAGAACUCUGACCUGCUGCCUUUCGGCCCAAACUGUGUACAUUUCACUAUAGAGACUGACCUCCUCAUCAGGAAUGCAUGUAUGAUCAAGAUGUUUGUUCUCCCAUCUGGAUGCACAUAUUGCUAACUCAUGGACAGCGAAGGCUUACAUGACAUGCCAGCGUGUGUAUCACAGGAUGUCUAAAUGUGAGCUGAUCGAGCUUAAGGACCUCAGUAUAAAUGAUUCCAUCGAGCUGGCUGCUCCUGCAGUCCGCAAAGCCCCGUCUCCUGUAAACCCGACUCAGACGGGUCACUUCCACGUCGUGCGCCUGGUCGGAGAAAAUGUCAGCAUCGAGACACCCCGCUGUCAAACAGGAGAGGCUGGAGUGGGUCAUGACUUUCAGCCUUGCAGUUACACUCAUCUCACCUGGUGUGACCUGUGUGGAGAAUUCAUCUGGGGGCUUUAUCAGCAAAGUGUGCGCUGCGCAAACUGCAGUUAUACUUGUCACUACCGCUGCCGACCAUUCAUCCAGCUGGACUGCAGCACAGAUGGACGUUUAUUAACAAGCCAAGAAGAUUUCUCUGUUGACUCCAUCGAGACUGACACAAAUGUGGAUGAGCCGAUCGAUUGGGCUAAGCAGAAGUUGUCUGUUAGUGAGAUUCAACACAAGAUUAAGGAGUACAACGCACGGAUCAACAGCAAUCUCUACAUGGUGGUUAAUAAAGACGGGUCUUACACUGGUUUUAUCAAGGUCCACUUUCAGUUGGUCCGCCCCAUCUCCCUCCCUCCUCGCCAGAGCCUAAGCUCCACGCAGGACGAAGAGGAGCAGAGUGGAUGGUUGAAAAGGCGGACUUCUUUCUACCUCCCCAAAGACACUGCCAAGCACCUGCAUAUAAGCUCCCACACACGUGUAAGGGAAGUGAUCGAGGCAUUGCUCAACAAGUUCACCGUGGUGGACAACCCAGCCAAGUUUGCCCUGUUUGAACGCACUGAGAAACAAAGUCAAGUGUACAUGCGUAAACUGUCUGAUGAAGAGUGCCCCCUGUACCUGCGCUUGUGUGCUGGCCCCAGUGAAAAAGUCUUGAGUCUGGUUUUGAAAGAGAAUGAGACCGGAGAAGUCAAUUGGGAUGCUUUUAGUUUCCCUGAGCUGUGCAACUUUCUGCGAAUCCUGCAGCGGGAGGAAGAGGAACAUGUGCGGCAGAUUGUGAAGCGCCACGCUCUUGCUCGAGACAUGAUGAAGCAGGCGAUGGCGAGGAUUACCACUCCUGGUUGACUUUUGGCUAUUCAGCUCUUCUGCAUAAACAUGAAGAACAGCAUUAUGUAUUGAAUCAUUGAUCAGGGAUGUAAAAGGGAAGGAAAGAGCUCUGACAAUGAAAUGUUGUUUAAGAAGCAGGGAUACUACUGUUACAAUUAUAGGGACGCGUGUCACGGGAUAGACCCUGCUAAUUCUGUGCAAGCAGAGCAACUGAAUGGGGAUGAAAAAAAUGUUUAUCAUGAAAGCAAUUGGAUGCAGCUCCCUGUUGAAACACAUGCUGCUUGAUAUGAAUAUUUAUAGUUUUAUUAUAGGCCAUUUUUGUAGUUCUGGUCAUUUAUCAGGGAAUAUCUGGCUUCAUUUAUAUAAUGUCUUUAAAUGUUUGCACUUUAAUGAACCUGUGAAAUUGGAUUUAAAACUAUUUCUGUUAUCUAGUUACCUAAUAAACUGAUGACAAUAUAA